ACCCUAUAGAUAAAUCCCCCAACCCCAACGACCUCGCCCGAAACCAAAUGGGCCAGGACUUGGGGGAACUGGAGCGACAGGGAAUGGCUAGAAGGACAAAGGUAGAAGAAGAAGCUCCCAUCUAUGGAGACGUACUGGAGCUCAUACUCUCUCACGUGCCUCUGGUUGAUCUGGCGCACGCCUGCCUCGUCUCCAAUCCAUGGAAGCAUGCCGUUUCCUCUUCUCUCUCUCAUUUCAACAGGUUGAAGCCCUGGCUGGUGGUUCACACUCAGACCACUCGCUCUCCCUAUGUCACCACUACCCACGCCUAUGACCCUCGUUCCCAACUCUGGCUCCACCUCAAGCAACCGCCUAUCAGGUACGUAUCGGCCCUCCGCUCCUCCCACUCGACCCUCCUCUACAUGCUUUCACCCUCCAAGCUUUCCUUCUCCUACGAUCCUCUCCACCUCGCCUGGCACCACGCCCAACCCCCGCGUGUGUGGCGCACCGACCCCAUCGUCUCCGUGGUCGGUUCUCGCAUCAUCAUCGCCGGCGGCAGCUGCGACUUUGAGGACGAUCCUCUCGCCGUGGAGAUCUACGACAUCGAGUCCCGGUCGUGGGACUCGUGCCAGUCCAUGCCUGCCACCCUCAAGGACUCUGCUGCCUCCACCUGGCUCUCAACAGCAGUAAAUGAUCGUCAAAUGUUCGUGACGGAGAAGACCUCCGGCGCGACUUACUCGUUCGAUCCGGCAACUAAGACGUGGCACGGUCCGUACGAUCUGCGCCCGGAUCCUUCCGUGUUCUUCUCUGCUAUAGGCUUCGCCGGCGACCGGAUGAUUCUGGUUGGACUGAUUGGAGACGCCGAUAACGUGAAAAACGUGAAAGUGUGGAAAAUCAAUGAAGAAACAAUGAAAUGUGAGGUAGUAGGGGAGAUGCCACAGUUGCUUCUGGAGAAGCUGAGGAAUGGGAAUUCGACUCUUGUUUCGAUAGGCGUGACGAUGAAGGGAGAUUUCAUUUAUAUACAUAAUACGUUGGGGUCAGAAGCAUUGUUGUGCUGCGAAUUCAGGAGUAAUGGUGAGAUAGGGUGGAGUGUUAUAGAGAAUGUAAUCGUGAACGAUCGGACUCGGCUUGGGAGCUUGGUGUUUACCUGCUCUGAUGUAGGGAUUCAUGAUGUCCACAAGGCGUUGCGCUCUGAUAAUCGACGAUUUGCUGUCCAGUCUGUAGAAUGACUCACCGACUCAGUGAGUGGAGUUUCUGGGCUCCAUUAAUUGACUUCGUUGGUGUUGAAACGACGUCACAUUUUGGGUGAAUACUGUUGACCUGUGCACACUACACAAUGUUACACACUACAUUCUACACCUGCAGAUGCUGAAUUUGUUUGUGUCUCUAUUGCACCAACUGCAUGUCACUUGAAAA